UUUACAGUCGGACCAAAAACAUCCGGGUGCAGUGAAACUGCUGUAGUUCAUAAUAAUAUAUGAGAUGGUGCAGAAAUUAAUAACGGGGAAUUCGUAGCUUCGACGUUUUAUAGUUAAAGUUAACCAUUGAAAUCAUGGAAUGCAAUGAGAAUUGUAGAGCAAAAUUCUACUGCUGUUCCUGCUUUUACACGGACAAUAUUUUUCUGGAGGAAUAUAAAAUCCACGUUAGAUACAUUUCUGAGCAGCAGUUCACAAAAGAUUACAAAGUGGUCUUAAGAAAUCUUGGGUGUGUUACAAACGAACAAUUCAAAAAUGUCACGGAGAAGAUUGAAAAAGAGAUUCAGAGAAGGCGGCUACUUGGCCAAAAUUCAACAGAAAGAACAGCUUUUAUACGUGAAUUUUAUAAACCCCGACACGGUCAUGUUUAUGUUUUACAGGAAUCAUACCUGGCCCCUGAAUUUCUAGAAAUUGUAAACUUUUCUCGAUCAGAAGAUGCUAAUGUAGAAGGCUUGCUGAGUCUCAUUCAGUCACUUCCCGCUGAAAGAACCUAUCGUUUCCCGGUGUUUACAAAGGAAUUCUGCAGAAACCUCAUGGAAGAACUGGAGAAUUUUGAACAGUCGGAUGCACCCAAAGGCAGACCCAACACCAUGAAUAACUAUGGGAUUUUACUGAACGAUCUUGGAUUUGACAAGCUAUUUAUCACUCCUCUUCGGGAGCACUACCUCCAGCCUAUUGCAACGCUGCUGUAUCCAGAUUGUGGAGGGGACUCUCUGGACAGCCACAAAGCAUUUGUGGUGAAGUAUGCUUUGCACCAGGAUCUGGACCUGAGUUACCACUAUGAUAACGCUGAAGUCACUCUUAAUGUAUCUCUGGGGAAAGCAUUCACCGAGGGAAACUUGUAUUUUGGAGACAUGAGACAGGUUCCUAUAAGCGACUCUGAAUGUGUGGAAAUUGAACACAAGGUUACGUGUGGCUUGCUUCAUCGAGGACAGCAAUUCCACGGGGCUCUUCCCAUC